AUGUCCGCUGAUCAACUGUCAACUGACCAUCUUUCUGAUAAGCUUAGGUCUACUGUUUUACGUCCUCAGCCUGAUAGUGUAUCUAACUCUGCACUUUUUCAACGUUUUUUGGAGUUACUGACUUCUCAGUGUAGUAGCGGGUCAAGGUUUCAUUGCGCGGCUCCUGAGGGUUGCUGUGCUCCAUGUAGUAUUUUGUAUCGACAUGUUCAGACUUAUGUUGAUGUUGCUACGUUAGAUGAGAUAUUAUCUUUGAGGAAGGAUUCUGGUUUAUGUGGUUAUAUGUUUUGCAACAAUCGUGUACUUGGUCGUAGUUCUGGAUGUCGCAAUAGUUCGACAUUUAAAAUUGACUUAUCUGAGCAACGUGUGUUUCUACGUGAGGUCUACGAGUCAUUUUGUAGUGCCAAAUGUAUCGAUAAGAACGCUGAAGUGCAGUCUUCUGCAUCCAGUUCUCCUAUGGAGACUGGUGUAAUAACUCCACGUGCAGUGCGGAAUUCGAACCCUGAUUCCUUAAAUGCUUUAGUAACUAAUCUCAGGCAGCUCGGUCCGUGUGUUAAGUUGUCAGAUGUGCUUACCUAUCAACGGUCACCAAUUCCGCCAACUUCGUACGAGCAUAAUGGGUCGGAUUUGUUACAGGACAAAUGUGUGAUGUUUAAUUACAAGCCAUUAUCUGAAGUUCGUCGAGUACGGUUCGCGAUGCCUUUAUCUACAUCCGAUUCUGUAUCGUCAGUAGAAAGCAUGAACGUAGAUAGUCAAUCGCAACAGGGUACAUCAGUACCGUCUAUUUCUGAUCCCCCUGUUUGUAAAGAAGGCUCUGCAUCCGCACUCGAGGAUGCGGUAUUUGAUUACAGUGGCCUCUAUGAGAGUUCUGAGUCGAUGGGUGCUCGUGAGAAAACUAGAGAAUGGUAUACGGCGCUACUUCGUCACGUCCCGGAUUCUCUCUUGUCUACAGUAUCUGGCCCACUUGAGUCUUUGCUAUCUACUUUCAGUAUCGGCACCAAUACCCCUGCUCUAGAUAAUGACCUCUAUCGCAUUCUGACCUAUGUGUUGUUGUAUGUGCUGCUACGGAAUGGUGAACGCGUCCUUAUCUCAGAUUGUGGUCCCUCCAUAUAUGAUGGGCCAUUAAAAGAGGUUGAGCGUUACUUGGUGGAUACCUGUACGUUGGACGUGGACUCUAUCUCGGUCCUUAACGAGCUGCUGACGGAACGAGAUUGA